CUCUCUCUCUAAUCAAAAAAAGCUAAAAAGCGAUGGCCACUGCGAUGGUUCUCUCUUCUCAAAACCAUCGAUUUGAUCACGAAACCCUAAUCCACCGUAACCCUAAUUCUCGCCUUUGCCGCCACUCACACGAUGCUUCGACGGCUCCUCGCCGACGCAAGCGAAGCCCUACGGUUGUUAAAUCUCCGGCGGCGAAUACCAAUCUUGUAAUGGAACAAGUCAAGAUCCUCAAGCGCGGUGAGACAUUGAGUGCGUUUAAGAACAAAGAAAACUGUAGCCCCGAUGAUACAAGACGACCUGUUUUGAAGAUGAUUAAAGAUGUUGAUGUGAUUGUAUCGUCUACUAAUAGAAUUGGACCUGAACCAGAGAUUUUGAUGAAACAGAUCGGAGCUUCUAAAGGAUUGCAGAUCUUCUCCGGAGCUAUUUGCUCUAUUUCGCCGCUUCCAAGCUGUGUUCCAAUUCCAUGUUUCUUAGGGAAGAACAAUCUCCUUAUUUAGAUCUCCGAAGGAAGAUUUGGGGGAAAAAAACACUAGAAUCAAAACCUUCUUUUCGAUGGUCUUUUAAGAACAGAUGUGUGAAGAAUCCUGAGAAAGAGAGUAAACAAAUUUGUUUGUU